AUGAUUAAAUAAAGAAUAAAAUUCCACUUUAUGUUGGGGGUAAUGAUUUUAUCUGACCUAAUCAAAGGACUAAUCGAUAAGCACAUCUCCAUACUAGUUUGUAUAUCAUUAUUGCUCGUAAUAUAAAUUGGUAAGAAUUCUUAAUUUGAUAGUCAGCACAGCUUGUAUUGAUCGCUAGAUUUACUAAAUUCGACCGAUCAACCUACUUUAUCUUAUUUUACUACAGUGCAUUUCAGCUCUCGCACUUUGGAACAUAGUCCAUUUGGUUGUUGUUGUGUCUUGUAGAAAUUAAUUAAACAGAAAAAUAAAGAAUACACCUCUUUAAUAACAGCUUGUAAGUUACAAUCAGCAUCAUUUUGUAUUCACUUCAAUAUCAAGGCAACACCAAGUAUUCAGAAUUUCAAUCUAUUAUCUAUUGUUUGGCAUUUCUAUUCUAUCAACUUUUAAAGGAUGUUGGUCAAUUUUCUAAAUUUGAAGUAGCCGAGAAUGAAAUACUACAAGAAUUGAAGAAACAGAUCAUCAUUAAAAUAUAUGAUUAAAAUUACUUGGACAUUACACCUAGCAAUUCGCCACAAUUGGAAAGUAAUCCUUAUGUUUUGAUGACCCAAAACACAUAAAUGGACGAUAAUCAACAAUUCUACAUUAAAUGCUAUUCGGACAAGGAUUUUGCAGGCAGUCCUGAUCAUAAUCAAAAUAAUAAAAAAUAGGUAGUAUUCUAAGAUUGCAUAUCCUUAUUGAAGUUCAUUAACGAUUAAGAUUCACUUGUAAGUUAGGUAUAGAAUCACUUCAUAGCUUCAUCAAUUGACAUGCAAAAGAACACUAAAUAAAAAUUUAGAGUGAUGCACAGGAGAGUAAGUUUAGGGAAUACCUAAAUUUUAGCUUUUUGGAAGAUUGAUUCCUUCACAGUAAAGCAAACAAAAUAAAAGUUUUCUUAAUUUAAAAAGUAAUUCACUGAUCUCUUUGCUCAUAAACUUAAAACUCCAUUGAAUGCAACCUUAGGAUUUCUGUCCUCAGCCUACAAUAGUCUUGACGUUGACAGUAACACCAAAUCUCAUUUCAUUAAGCCUGCUUAUAUUAACUCAAAAUUGCAGUAUUUUUAAAUUUCAGAUUUAUUGGAAUUCUUAAGUCCUUAAUUAGACAAGAUCACAAUACAACAGACCAAAAUCAAUAUGAGAACAUUUCUACUUUCCUUAACUGAAUUGAUUGAGUCACAAUGCAUUAAUAAAAGAAUCUUGUUUCAAGUCUUUGUGGAACAAGUUCCAUUGUAACAAAUUGACAAGUAUGGAUAUUCACAUAAUGAUUAGCUUUUACAUAAUUUCAGAUGAUCUCAAAUUGGAACGGGUGUUAUAUAAUAUUUUAAAUUAAUCUUAUAGACAUACACCUUCUGGUGGUUAAAUUACUCUGAGGUUAAGUAUAAACAAGGAGAAUACAGAAAUGGAUUUUGUCAUUGAUGGAAGUGGAUGUGGUUUCAACGAUGAAGACAUUGAGAAUAUUAAUAUGUGGAUCAAAUCUCAAUCUGAUUUCCAUUUCAAAAAGAAACACUUAGUCAUAAAAAAAGAAUUAAGGAUGUCAUUAGAAAUCACAAAUAAUCUUAUUAACAUUUUAAGUUCUUCGGAAUAAAAUUUAGAAGUAGCAUAGUCUGAAAUAGGGACAGAAUUUAGAUUCAAAAUCAACAUCAAAGAGAACAAGGCUACGGAGAGUUUGCAAGAAAUCUAAUCUGUUGGUUUGAUGCUCAAAUAGAGAAGUUUAAGAAAUAUGAAAAGUUCUUAAAACAACAACGGUAUGGCUAAAUCGAUCUUCUCUUCUCCAGAUCCAUAGUUAUAAUUGAAUUCAUAGACAGUGCUUGAUGAACCACAAGCCAAAUAGCCUUUAACAAACAAGGUGAAUUUUAGCAAAUUGUAAAAGAAACACAAAGAAUUGAAACGAGCACGUUCUUCUUUGUUGAAUAAAGGUUUGAUGGAUACUGACAAAUCAAUUUUGAUUGUGGAUGAUGAACCAUUCAAUCAUGACACUUUGAUUUUGAUGAUGAAAAGCAUGGGGUUUAAGUAUUUCCUGAAAGCCUUUAAUGGGUAGUAGGCCAUAGACAUGGUUUAGUAGAAUGAAUUUGAUAUUUGUUUGAUUCUUAUGGAUUUGGAUAUGCCAAUUAUGGGAGGUAUUGAAGUAUCUAAAAUUUCAUCUUAUUAGGCCACAAAAAUAUUAGUUUAAAUGAUGAUUAACUUAGAUUUAGCCUAUAUUCCAAUAAUUGGUUGCACAGCUCAUGAUGAUAAGGAAACUUUGGAAUAAUGCAUUGAGGUUGGCAUGCUCCAUGUAGUGUUGAAACCAGUCUUUGUGAAAACCUUGAGGGAAGCAUUUCAAUAUAUAGUAUUUAGCGAAGAGGUUAAAAAGCGAUCAUAAUAUCUUUUACCUUCUUAAUUGUAAAUUUGA